UAUACAAUAGGCCGUUUUUCGCUGGGGUUUAGGGUUUAAGCAACAGAAAACGCAGACGCUUGUAGGAUUUUCGCGUCCCAAAACUUAAAACCCUAAUCCUCAAACACACAGUUCCAGUGCAACCAUGGCUUCAACAAUCGCUUCGCAGUUGCAGGCAAUCAAAACCUUGACGCUGUCCGACUCCGAACCUCUCAAGAGACCUUUCACUCGACCCUCCAUCAUCUUUGACCCCAAAGAAGCCGCCGACAUUGACAUCGACUCCAUUUUCGCUAUUGCUCUAUCAGGUUUAGAGGCUCUUGUGGGUGUAGAUGAACGUUUUCAAAACUAUAAAAAUGAUUUAUUCAGUUAUAAAAGUAGAGAAUUGGAUAGAGAGUUGAUGGGCAUGGAGGAAAAUAACCGGAUUAAUGCAUCAAUUAAUUCGUACUUGCGGUUACUUUCGGGACAUCUUCAACUACCGUCCUCACUUAAGACACUUGAGUAUUUGAUACGUAGAUACAAGAUUCAUGUGUACAAUAUUGAGGAACUGAUUCUAUGUGCUUUGCCAUACCAUGACACCCAUGCUUUUGUUCGAAUUGUUCAGUUACUCAACACAGGAAAUAGUAAAUGGAAAUUUCUUGACGGGGUUAAGAUCUCAGGUGCACCUCCACCUAGAAAGGUUAUAGUGCAACAAUGCAUCUGUGAUUUGGGGAUUUUGGAGCUUUUGUGCAACUAUGCAUCACCUACAAAGAAAUUUCAGCCUUCAAGGCCUGCGAUCAGCUUUUGUACCGCUGUUACUGUUGAAGUUUUAGGUUCUGUCAUGACUGUGGACAGUGAUAUUGUGAAGAGGAUUCUUCCCUUUGUGACUUCGGGACUUCAUUCUGGUUCAAAAGGAGGUCCAGAUCACAAGGCUGGUGCUUUGAUGAUUGUUGGUUUACUGGCAAAUAGAGUACCACUCUCUCCUAAACUAGUUAAUAGUUUUAUUCGCUCAAUUGCUGAGUUAGCUGGAGAGGAUGAAAGGGAAUCAACUGACUUACAAUGGUUCCGUAUGUCGCUCAUGGCCUUAAUCAACCUUGUACAGUUGCAAUCUGUCGAAAUAUUACCAAAGAAGGCUGUGGAGGUCCUAAAAGAAAUCAGGGAUCUUUCUGGGCUUCUUACUGGACUGAGCAAGGAGUUCAAUAUUGAAAAAUUCUUGGCUGUGUUCUUGGAUUCCCUGGUUGAUUAUAGUUCUUCUGAUGAUCUUUGCCAUCGUGCUUUGAUAUCAACAAUAGAGUCAGUCCCUGUGAAGGGAUUUGUUUGUCGUAUGGUCUCGAGGAUCCUUCAAUCCUGCUUGAGAUUAUCGCAGAAAAUGGGUGAUUCAGUAUCACCUGAAUCUGGAAGCUGGGCUAAGCAAAUUUUGGUUAUUCUUAAUAAGAACUAUCCAUCUGAAUUACGUGGAGCAGUUCACCAGUUCCUGGAGGAUUCCAAAAUGAAAUCCAAGAAAGAGGGUUCAGUAUAUGACAAGCUAUGUAGAAUAUUAGAUGGGAACUUGGAUAUGUCACUGGAGAUAUCAGAUUCAAAAAUUUGGUUUUCACUGGAACAUCCAAAGGCUGAGGUUCGACGUGCUACAAUUUUGGAUUUGAAUAAACUUGCUGUUCUAAAGCACAAGGAGGUUGAUUCACAGAGGCUUGUAACUAUUCAAGAUGCAAUACUGCGCCGGCUACAUGAUGAGGAUCUGAGUGUUAUUCAGGCUGCUUUAUCUCUGGAGGGGUUGUCUGAAAUGAUUAGUGCUUCAUAUUUUCUUGAUGCAUUGCAGACUGUGCUUCAAAGAUGCAUUGGCAUCUUACUGUCUAGUGCAUCUAAUAAUACAACCUUGGCUGUUGAUGUUUCUGUCACAUGCCUCAAGCAUGCAAUUUCAAGCUUCCAUGUUCAUAGUGAUUCCAUGAAGAAACUUGCCACCAUGAUAUUUUCCAUUCUUCUGAUCCUGCCAAAGACUCAGGGAUUAAAUCUGAAGGCUUUGGAAUCUGCCAAGGAACUAAGUUGGCCUUUUUAUAGCAAUCUCAUUGGUACCUCCAGUCCAGAAAAGACUUUGGACCGUGAACACAUAUCCUCAAUUAAUAUGGAUAUUGUUAGAGGAUUAGCAGAAAUUUUCUCGAUGCGCCCUGUGGAAUACAUGCCUUGGCUAAUUGAAUGCUGCAAUUAUUCUGAGUCGUCGAAGACAUUAUUCUUCUUGGUUAUGAUGCAGUCGUUCAUAUUACAAAAGAAUGAUCAUGGCCAAUUCUUUGCAUUAUUUGAAGCUUCAUUUCCACUUCUGAAAACUGAGUGGAGAAUGUUUGAAUCUGGGGGUGAUGUUGCAUCUGUGAAAGAGUUUGAUACAAGAAUGGUGUUACGGGAUUGUAAGGCUUUCCUGGAUCAGCUAGUUGAUAGUGAUCCUAGAAGACUGAAUGCUAAUAUUCUAAUUUGCAUAUUUUGGAGGUUAAUAGAGUACUUUAUUUCGAAGGCACCUAAGGAUCUUUCUCUGGAUGACGGAAAAUGGAUAUGCACACUUCAGAAUCUAUUUGUCUUCUUUGCUGAGUCUGAAGCAAAGCAUGUUUUUAAGGAUCAUCUCCAUUCCCUUGUUACAAAAAUCAUGAUCUAUCCUAUUUGUAACCUAUCCAAGUUCUUUACUGAAGAAGAUUUUUCUGUUGCGGUUCAGGUUGAGGCUCUUCAUUAUUUUUUGUUCUUUUGUUCACAGUCAGAACAAAGCUUACAUUUUCAACUCCUAGACGAAUUUCCCUCUGUUCUUGUUCCACUGUCCAGUGAUAACCAGGAUGUGCGGCUAGCUGCUAUGGAAUGCAUUGAACGGCUAUACACACUGUGUUCUCGUGUUGAUUUUUCUAGUAGAAAAAGUGGGAACAGAGAAGUUCAGAGUCAUUUUCUUGAAGAGCUUUUCAGCUUAAUCGUUCAACAAAAGAGGCUGAUAUUAUCAAACAGAAAUGUUCUCCCAUCAUUUUUUACAUCUUUGCUCGGCUCCUCCUGUCAUAGCCUUUUAGUGCCACAGACUAUCGGACAGAGGUUUGACCAAUCUACAAAGAAAGACAUAUUGCGUUUCAUCUUGGACUUUGCUCUAAAGCUUUCUUCAUAUGCAAAGCUGAGGAUUUUAUCUUUGCUUAAAGGAGUUGGUGGUGAAGUUAUGCAUAUUAAAGAUGUGGAGUUAUUUCUGUCAGAACUUUUAAGAAGACGUAGUCAAUAUCAUUUUGGGCUGAAUGAACCAUAUCAAAAGCUAUCAAAGAUUGAAGUAGAAAUCCUAUGCCUUCUACUGGAGGGCUGUGCUGUUCAUGCUUCAUCAGUUGGUGGAUAUGGUUUUGAAGAUCAUUUAUUGAAGGCUUUGCAAUUGCCGCUGGAUGAUAUGUCUCUGGAAGACCCUGCUCUUGUUCAGCCUUGUAUCACUGUUUUGAGGAAGCUCAAUUCUCCUCUGUAUAGUGGUCUGAAGAUUGAGAAACAGGAGCUGUUGUUUCGAGAUCUUGUAUUUCUGUUCCGGAAUGCUAAUUGCAAUAUACAAAAUGCCACUAGGGAGGCAUUGUUGCGCAUCAAGAUUACAUGUUCCACUCUAGUCCAGUUGCUUGAUUCUGUUUUUGAACAGGAGGGUUUCCUGAUUGGUUCAGUAUGUGGAAAGAAAAAAAGGAAAGCAAUAAAGCUUCAUAAAUCUGACCUACACAAUGAUGUUAUUUGCAAAGAUGAAAAUGCACUCUCUUUUCUUACCUCUCUCCUCGAUAUUUUGCUACUCAAAAAAGACAUAGAGAACAGGACUUUUCUUAUAGGGCCUUUGUUUAAGCUUCUUCGCAAGAUCUUCAUGGAUGAGUGGGUCCAAGAUGAUGUUCACCUGUAUGAGAAGUGGAUUCAAGCUUCACCUGGCACUUCUGAAACUAUAUCAAGCACAGUAUGUUACAUUCAGCAGACAUUAUUAUUGAUACUGGAAGAUAUUAGUGCCUCCAUCUUAACUGAUAUGUCUGUAAAGGAUGACAUACAUGAUAAAUUUGACUUGAUGCUAUUGGUUGAAUGUGCUCGUUCAACGAAAGAUGGAAUCACCCGCAACCAUAUUUUCUCAUUAUUAUCUACCAUUGCAAGGGUACUACCAGACGAAAUUUUGGACCAUAUACUAGAUAUUCUUACUGUUAUUGGGGAGUCAGCAGUGACCCAGUUUGACAACCAUUCACAACGUGUUUUUGAGGACCUUAUAUCUGCAGUAGUUCCAUGCUGGCUAUCUAAGAAAGGCAACACAAACAAAUUGCUUGAGAUUUUCAUAAAUGUACUGCCUGAGGUUGCUUCCCAUAGAAGAUUGUCAAUUAUUGUGCAUCUGCUAAGGACUCUGGGGGAGCGAAGUAGCUUGGGUUCAUUGCUUGUUCUCCUUUUCCAUUCAUUGGUUUCCAGGAAAAUAUCAUCUUCCCUUGAUGAUGGUUCAGCCACCUUGAGUUGUUUUAACUCUAUCACACAAGAAUGGGAGUAUAUACUUGCAGUGCAAAUAUGUGAACAGUAUUCAUGCAUGAUAUGGUUUCCUUCUUUGGUUAUGCUGCUUCAGCGAAUAGAAAUGGUCAAUCAGUGCCAAGAACUGUUUAUGGAAUUGCUAUCUGCAAUGGAAUUCAUAUUGCACAAAUUGCAAGAUCCUGAGAUUGCAUUCAAGCUUGAAUCUGGGGAAGAUUCAGAUAACAUCCAGAGAACACUUGGAGCACUUAUGGAGCAGGUUGUUUCCUGCUUACAGCUGGUUGACUCAAGAAAAAAUAGAAAAAUUGUGCCGAUUGGCAUCAAGCAACAAUUAAAGGAGCAUAUACGUGUUGUCUUAGGGAACAUUACUAAGGUCAUGAUUCCCUCAGCAUACUUCAAAGCCAUCAUUAAAUUGAUGGGCCAUGCAGAUACGGAUGUGAGGAAGAAGGCUCUGGGGCUUCUCUGUGAAACAGUGAAUGACAAUGGUACAAUUAAACAAAGGCAUGGGAGAAAAGAAUUGAAUUCAAACUCAAGAAGUUCUUGGCACCAUCUUGAUGAGAGUGCUUUGGAGUCCUUUGAGAAGAUGUGUUUGGAAUUUAUUCAUUUAGUUGAUGAUUCUGUUGAUGAUUCAGACACCUCUUUGAAGCUGGCAGCCAUUUCAGCACUGGAAGUGUUGGCCAACAGGUUUCCUUCUAAUCAUUCUACCUUCAGCAUGUGCCUUGCAUCUAUUGUAAGAAACAUCAGUUCAGACAACUUGGCUGUCGCUUCUGUCUGCCUUCGGACUACUGGUGCUUUGAUUAAUGUACUUGGACCAAGGGCCCUUCCUGAACUUCCUCAUGUCAUGGAGAAUGUGCUGAGGAGGUCUCAUGAUGUCUCCUCUUUAGAUGGGAAAACCAAAUUUGGUGAUAAUAGUUCUUCUGUUGUAUCAAAUUCUAAGCAAUCUCUUCUGCUGUCUAUUCUUAUCACGUUGGAGGCUGUAGUAGACAAGCUUGGUGGUUUUUUGAACCCAUAUCUUGGAGAUAUUAUAAAAUUUAUGGUGUUGCAUCCUCAAUAUGCAUCAGGAUCCGAUUCAAAGCUGAAGAUCAAAGCCGAUGCAGUGCGAAGGCUUGUUACUGAGAAAAUUCCUGUUCGACUUGCCCUUCCACCUUUGCUGAAGAUAUACUCUGAAGCUGUUAACAAUGGAGAUUCAAGUUUGUCUAUUUCUUUUGAAAUGCUUGCAAACUUGGUUGGCAGGAUGGAUAGGUCAUCUGUUAGUAAUUACCAUGUAAAGGUUUUCGACCUGUGCUUAUUAGCUCUUGAUCUUCGUCGUCAACACCCUGUAUCCAUUAAGAACAUUGACACUAUUGAAAAGAAUGUUAUCAAUGCAAUGAUUGUUCUUACAAUGAAACUUACUGAAACCAUGUUCAAGCCUCUUUUUAUUAAGAGUAUUGAAUGGGCAGAGUCAAACAUGGAAGACAGUGACACGGGAAGCACAAAUAGGGCUAUUUCUUUCUAUGGCUUGGUGAAUAAACUUUCUGAGAACCACCGAUCUUUGUUUGUUCCAUACUUCAAGUACUUGCUCGAGGGUUGUAUACAACAUCUUACUGAUAGUGAAGAUGUCAAAAAUGUUAAUUUGAUGCGAAAGAAAAAGAAGGCCAAGCUUCAGGAAGCAAGCUUUGAUAGAAAAGAAGGAAGCAGUGCAUUGUUACUUGAAAAAUGGCAUCUCAGGGCAUUGGUGAUAUCAUCCUUACAUAAAUGUUUUCUUUAUGAUACAGGGAGCAUGAAGUUUCUUGACUCAUCGAAUUUUCAGGUUCUUUUGAAGCCCAUUGUUUCACAGCUCACAGCGGAACCCCCAGCUUCCUUACAGGAGCAUCCAGAGACGCCGCCUGUGCAAGAAGUUGAUGAUUUAUUGGUUGCUUGCAUUGGUCAGAUGGCUGUCACAGCUGGCACUGACCUCCUAUGGAAACCACUUAACCAUGAGGUGUUGAUGCAAACUCGCAGUGAAAAAUUGAGGUCACGAAUUUUGGGCCUAAGAAUUGUGAAGUUCUUUGUGGAGAAGCUGAAAGAAGAAUAUCUGGUAUUGUUGGCGGAAACCAUACCCUUCCUUGGUGAACUACUGGAGGACGUGGAGCCACCGGUUAAAUCUCUAGCGCAAGAAAUUCUCAAGGAAAUGGAGUCGAUGAGCGGGGAGAGCCUUGGGCAGUACUUGUAAUGUACAAAUUGAGCAGAAAUUCUCAAGUUUUGUAGAGGUAGGGGAAGGAUGUGUCAAUGGUGUACACCAAAUGAUGCAGCUACACCCAUUUUUGUAUUGUAUGUUGUGGGGUGGGGGCAGGGUCCUUAAGAUUUGAUGCUUAUUUCCACAUGUUCUACUCCAGCUCCCUGUGAACUCAACUAAUAUUAUUUGAUGAGAAAAUAGUGAGGCAAAUUGUUGAGGUUUGAAGAACUGAUAUUGUAAAGGGUUGAGGGUUUUUUUGGCCAUCUAUAAUAGACUUGUGUAUUUCGACAGUGCUUGAA